UUUUGCAGUAAAAUCGAAAAGUUACACAAAAUAAAAAAAUAAUUUUUUUUAAAAUAGGCCAUCUCUAGUCAGUAUCAAAAUAGAAAAAAAAAAUUUGAACCUCAUCUUAUAAGACGCUAGAGCAAGAGACGAUUUACAUCAUUUACCGUUACAUUCAUUCAAUAGAUAGCAGUGAUGGUUGAUUCAGUUAAUGGAGCUGCUGCUUCGAAGGCAUACUUGGAUGAUACCACUACUUGGGAAUCAUUCAACUUAGAUCCAAGAUUAUUACAAGCCAUUAAUCAUUUAGGAUUUGAUAAUCCUACUUUAAUUCAAUCUAGUGCUAUAUCAUUGGCCUUAGAAGAGAAAAGAGAUAUAAUAGCUCAAGCAUCUACUGGGUCAGGAAAGACAGGGGCCUACUGUAUCCCUGUUGUGCAUGAUUUACUUGUGGAAAGUGAAUCCAAUAACAAUAAUAAUAAUAAUAAUAACGAACAUCAAAUAAAGACUAUCAUUUUAGUUCCAACUCGAGAAUUAUCCAAUCAAGUUCAUCAAUUUAUCGAAAAGUUAUUGAUAUAUAGUAAUAAUAGUAAGAUUAAUAUCCUUAAUUUAUCAUCCAAUUUAAGUGAACAAGUUAUAACAUCAUAUUUAAACAAUAAACCUGAAAUCAUCAUAUCAACCCCUAGUAAAUUAAUUCAAACUUUAGAAAAGAAUGUCAACUCCAAUUUAAUCGAUUUAACUCAUUUGAAACAUUUAAUCAUCGAUGAGAUUGAUUUGAUCUUAUCAUUCGGAUACUUUGAAGAUUUAACCAAAUUGGAAAAUUACUUAAACUCCACUAAUUUUAAAAAUUUACAAAUCUUUUUAAUGUCAGCUACUUUGAUUAAUAAUUCUACUGAAAUGAAUUAUUUAAAAUCAAAAUAUUGUCAAAAACCAGCUAUCUUGAAAUUAAAUGAUGAGAAUUUAAAUCAAAAUAAUUUAAUCCAAUAUUAUGCUAGAGUUACUGAAUUUGAUAAAUUUUUAUUCUCCUAUGUUAUAUUUAAAUUGAAUUUGAUUAAGGGGAAAACCAUUAUUUUCGUUAAUAAUAUCGAUAGAGGGUAUAGAUUAAAGUUAUUCUUUGAACAAUUUGGGAUUAGAAGUUGUAUUUUAAACAGUGAACUUCCUAUAAAUUCAAGAUUACAUAUCGUGGAAGAAUUCAAUAAAAAUGUGUAUAAUUUAUUAAUAGCCACCGAUGAAACCAACGAGUUUGUGACUGAAAAAGAUGAACAAGAAGAAGAUGAAGUUGAAGAAGAACAAGUAGAAGUUAAAGAAGGUGAUAGUAAAUCAUCCAAGUCUCAAAAAUCAAAGAAAUCAAAAACUAAAAAGGAUAAAGAAUAUGGUGUUUCUAGAGGGGUUGAUUUCCGUAAUGUCGCAUGUGUCUUGAAUUUCGAUUUACCAACCACAUCCAAAUCAUAUGUUCAUAGAGUUGGUAGAACUGCUAGAGCCGGUAAAGCUGGUAUGGCGUUAUCAUUUAUAUUACCAUUAAAAGAAUUUGGUAAACAUAAAACUGCUUCAUUAGCCACUGCUAAAAAAGAUGAAAAGAUAUUAUCAAGAAUCAUUAAACAACAAUCUAAGAAUGGAUUAGAAAUCAAACCUUAUCAAUUUGAUAUGAAACAAGUUGAAGGGUUUAGAUAUCGUGCUGAAGAUGCUUUCAGAGCCGUUACUCAAACUGCAAUUAGAGAAGCUAGAAUUAAAGAAUUAAAGAAUGAAUUGAUUAAUAGUGAUAAAUUAAAGAGAUUUUUUGAAGAAAAUCCUCAAGAUUUAGCUAGUUUAAGACAUGAUAAAGAAUCUCAUCCAUCAAGAGUUCAAAGUCAUUUAAAGAGAGUUCCGGAUUAUUUAUUACCUGAAAGUGCCAGACAAGAUCAUAAAAAGAUUGGUUUCGUUCCAUUUCAUAAGAAUAAAGUGCAUAAGAAUAAAAAGAGAAAAUCAAGUGGUAAGAAAUCUGAUCCAUUAAAAUCAUUUAAAAGGAAGUAAGAUAGUAGUACAUAAUUAAAGUAUAUAUUAAGGAUAUAUAUAUUAAAAAAUCUAUUAG